AUGUUCAAGUGCAAAUGCAAGGAUCCCUUGCAACAAAAACAAAGCGAGAUUUGUUUUACUCCAAAAAAAAAACCAUUCUUAGUCACAAUUCCCUUCAGUUUUUAUCAGUACAAUCCACAAGACCAUCUUAUCCAAAUAAUGCUUAGUUCCAAAUUGAGAACGGUUGGUAGAUUUUCAUCUUUUGGGAACAAGUUUCAACACCGUCAUCUGGCAACAAAGUUUGAGUUACCUCUUUGUACCAAAGAGUUGUUGCAAACUAAUACGCCGGCUUCAGAUACACAUGUUCAAGUUAACGGUUGGGUGGCAUCGUCACGAAUUUCUAAGAACGUUGCGUUUAUCGAUAUUAAUGAUGGUACAUGUGAAGAAAAUGUUCAAUGCGUAAUACGCCCCCCUACCCUUUUGCCUGCCGAUAUUAAAAAUGGUGCAGGUAUACAAAUUAAUGGAAUUUGGUCAGAAGGUAAAGGUAAACAGAAAUACGAGCUUCAGGUCAACGACAAAGCAGAAGGCAAUGUUAAAAUAUUAGGUGGUGUGGAUGCAUUGUUUCCAAUGAUUAAGAAGGACCAUACCCCACAAUACCUGAGAACAAUACCAGAAUAUAGGUGGAGAGACCCUUCGAUGGCUUCAAUUUUGAGAUUCCGCUCACAAGUUGAAACGACGUUGGUUAAUUUCUUUGAUGCUGAAUCAUUUACAAAGACACAUCCACCUCUUGUAACAGCGUCGGAUUGUGAAGGUGCUGGUGAGCUCUUUAAAAUUGAAUCUAAUUCUAAAAUUGGAACAGAGGAGCAAUUCUUCGGCAAAGACGCAUAUUUGACUGUUUCUACCCAAUUACAUUUAGAGACGCUAUGCUCAGCUUUGAACCGGGUUUGGACCUUGACCCCUUGCUUCAGAGCAGAAGAAAGUGAUACUAACAGGCAUUUAUCUGAAUUUUGGAUGCUGGAAGUUGAGGUUGCAUUCAUUGAUAGAAUUUCUCAGUUGACAAAGUUUUCCGAAAAAAUGAUUAAAUCUGUUGUCUCAAACUUAGUUGAAGAUAAAAACAACAUGAGAACUAACCUCUUGAAAACAGCUCGUAGUAAUGAGACUGCUGAAUUAAUGAAGAAUAGGUGGGAAAUGUUACUUGCGAAAGAAUGGGAUUCCGUGACUUAUACUCAGGCAAUAAAAAUUAUACAUGAAGCACACGAUUCAGGUAAGGUAAAGUUUAGUGCUAGACCUUCAUGGGGUGAUUCUCUGGGAUCCGAGCAUGAAAAAUGGUUAGCAGGAGUUUACUUUAAAAACCCUGUAUUUGUUACCGACUACCCCCUGGAAGAGAAGGCUUUUUAUAUGAAAAUUAACGAACCAACUCUGGGAGAGGAGGCGCCUACUGUUGCCUGUUUUGAUUUGCUUGUUCCUGAUAUUGGCGAGUUGAUAGGUGGUUCUUUGAGAGAACAUAAUCUAGAAAAUCUAAAACGAGAAAUUUCUAGAAGAGGAAUGAGUCCAGACCCUUUAAGUUGGUACUUCAAAAUCUGCGAGAACGGUUCUGUUCCACAUGGAGGUUAUGGAAUGGGAUUUGAAAGAUUGUUACAGUACUUGAGUUGUACUGAAAAUAUCAGAGAUGUGAUUCCAUUUCCAAGAAGUGCGGACAACUGUUUAUGUUGA